CGCCUUCGAACAAUGAGCUUAGAUAUGAAGGACAUCAAAAUGAUUAUGAUCUAUUAUUAUUCGGAGCGCCUUCAGGACAUCAAAAUGAUUAUGAUCUAUUAUUAUUCGGAGCGCCUUCAGGACAUCAAAAUGAUUAUGAUCUAUUUUCACUAAAUAAUUCACGGUGA